GGAGGGUGCCAGUCAGCGCUCCGAAUCUUUCAGACCCUGUUCCCAUUUCCUGGGGGUAGGGCUGAGGUUAAAUGGCGACUGGGGGGGUGAACUGUAGGGCUAAAGAGAGGUCUGAGGACUCACGGGGCAGUGUAAGGUUUGGAGGUCCCCUGAGAAGGAUGCAGGGCUGACCCUCGGCAAAGGGGAACAAGUUGUAGCUUCUAGGAGCUUGGGAGCACCUACUGCAAGGCUCAGGUUAGAGGGACAGGGUGGAUACACAGAUGGUGGCCACAGUGCAGCUCUGGUCAGGUGAAUUUGGCAUCCAGGUUUAAGUGAGCCCGGCGGGGAGCGUGGGGGUGGGACUAGAGGCUGAUCCAGAAUUCCUGCACUCUGAGUGGUCGCGUCAGAUCACGGUGGGGGUGAGUGUGCUAGGAUGUGGGGGUGCUGAACCCUAGGGCAGGGGAACAAGAAGAGUAAGCAGCAGAUGGGGCCCUCCACGGCACCCCAAGAAAGAGACAAAGUGUGUUGGGAGAGUGCCAGACUGGCUGUCCUUCCUCCUCCUGCUGGGAAGUACCAGCUGGGAAGGGCAAUUUUAUCACUUCACAUGCGAGGUUGUGCCAGGAGGCCAUGGAGGAGCCCGGCUAGGGCAUGGAGUGUGUGAAGGAGGGGACAGCAGCGGCACAAGGGCUCAUCUGGGCAGGGCUGGGGGAGGAGCUGGGCAGGUCCAGGAUAUGAGUAGAGCUGGGAGUUGAGAGCUUAGAGAAUGGGUAAGACGGUAGACAAGGGUUAGGCAAGGCUGCGGGAACUCCGUGGACUUGAAAAAUCAAUUCUCCAUCCUGGAUCUUGGGCCAGGGUCAGCCAGGGCGGUUGGGAUGGUGUCCUCAAGGUAACGAGACAGCUCUUGGUAUAGAGGGACCCGGUAGCUUUAGGGACAGCAUGGCUCCAGAUGUAUUAUGCUGUCUUAUUUUUUUUUAUUCUGCUCUUUAUUGAGGAGGAGUCUCUCUGCUCUUUUGGCUCUAGUCCCUACCAUGCUUUACUGCCCCUCAAGUACUCGCCAAUCUACUUGCCCGUAGUGGACACCAGAACUGUCUCAGAGACUCCAGAAGCACAUUUUGGAAGCUGCCAUCAUGUUCUGAGGCUGACCUCCACGGGGUUUUCUAGGGGGUUCUAGGGCGCCUGCUAUUUCUGUUUCCCCGGACACCCUUUGCCAUCCUAAGGAAGAAGCCUGGGUGUGAUUUUGCCAAACAUCCCUUGGUCUGUGCUUCAGGUGACCCUUUCAGAAUGGUAAUGCUGAACGGUCUUUCGCAGAGCUCCUCCCCACACUCUCCUCCAAAAGCAGGUCAUAGCCCCCCCCCAAUAUCUUCCUAGCUCCUUCCCCAACCUCAUAGAUAUGGGUGGUCAGCAGAGCAGGUGUACUGAUGGCGGUCAGGGGCCUGACUUUCUGGGACCCCUGUGUGUGUUCCCUUUGGAGCCCCUCUUUGGUCAGUGGCAACGGGCAGGUUGGAGAAGGCCACCUCUUAGGUGGCUUCUAGCGCCCACGUUCAGUUCUGCUUUAUUACUGUCUAAAGUCCAAGCCAGGCUCCAGCCCCUCUUCCUGGAACCUUCUUCUCAGCCAAGCCUCAGCCGGUGUCCUCCCACUGACCCCUAAAGCCCCCCAUCAGGGACCACAAGCGUCAGCCUCCACCUGCCGGUCCAGUCUUGCUACCUCCCCCAACCCAGGCUCCAGUAUAUAAAUCAGGCAAAUUCCCCAUCUGAGCAUGAACCUCUGAAAACGGCCGGCAUCUCAGGUCUCCUCCAAGGCCCUCUGGAGUCCAUUCCAUAAUGAAGGUCUUGGCAGCAGGAGUCAUGCCCCUGCUGCUGGUUCUGCACUGGAAACAUGGGGCAGGAAGCCCUCUUCCCAUCACCCCUGUCAAUGCCACCUGUGCCACACGCCACCCAUGUCACAGCAACGUCAUGAGCCAGAUCAGGAACCAACUGGCACAGCUCAAUGGCAGCGCCAAUGCCCUCUUCAUUCUCUAUUACACAGCCCAGGGGGAACCGUUCCCCAACAACCUGGACAAGUUGUGCGCUCCCAACGUGACGGACUUCCCGCCCUUCCACGCCAAUGGCACAGAGAAGGCCAAGCUGGUGGAGCUGUAUCGCAUCAUUGCCUACCUUGGUGCUGCCUUGGGCAACAUCACUCAGGACCAGAAGCUCCUGAACCCCAACGCGCUCAGCCUUCACAGCAAGCUCAGUGUCACCGCAGAUGUUAUGCGGGGGCUGCUCAGCAACAUACAGUGCCGUCUGUGCAACAAGUACCACGUGGCACAUGUGGACGUGGCCUAUGGCCCCGACACCUCAGAUAAGGAUGUCUUCCAGAAGAAGAAGCUGGGGUGUCAGCUCCUGGGGAAGUACAAGCAGGUCAUUGGCGUAGUGACUCAGGCCUUCUAGACAGGAGGCCUUGAAGAGUGUCGCGGACUGAGGGGUCUCAGAAGCAGGAUCCAAAUGUGGGGAUGGGAAGCAGGAUCCAAAAGAAUGGCUGGGGCCCAGGGCGUCAUUUAUCCCAAGUGGGGGCUGCUGGCAGGCCCCAGAGGGUUCCCAGCAUGUCAGGGCCUCUUUACAGCACUGACCAGAAGAGGUGCCCUUCCGGUAACCAGGGUGUCACACUGGGGAGGGAAGUGUAGGCAGCGUUUCUGCUCCCACUUGUCCCCUCAGUCCUUGCUCAAACCGCACAAGUUGUCUAUAGCAGCCCUGACAAAGGGCAAGACAGUGAGGGCCAGGGGGUCACUGGCCCCCAGUGGAGUGACUGCCAUUUGUGCCUUUGUUUUCUCUAGACUUUGGAAGGUUUAGUUGGGACAUGGGCAGGCCAGAGGGUCUGGAGUCCAGAACUCCUUGUCCCUUAAAAAAUUUAGUGGGUAGAAGAUAGAGAAGGGGUGGGACACUGUCUUCUUUCAAACAUGAUCAGAAAGCUUAGGCCCAGGUAUUGUUGGGUAGAUGGUUCCAGAAGGUCAUUGGUGUUUAGGCUCUUGGGGAGGCAGAGAGGCCACCUUCAAGCCUGGGAAGGAAGAUGCUGAAAGGAAGAGAGGCCCCCAAAGCCUUUGUUCUUCUUCCUUUUCUCUGCACUCUCUUUCUACAGCCUGGCAUGGCCAGGAUCUGGUGGCCGGAUCUAGAGCAGGGUACAUGGAGGUGGGUAGGGGCAGGUUGCAGAGACAGGUGAGGAGCUUCAGUGGGGACCCAAAAUCUUCCUCUUGGGGACAGGAAGGGCACAGGUAGUUCAGAGAGCAGCUCACAUUGGAGGCCUGUAGAGGCCCGGUGAAGUCACACAAAGGUACUUGAGGGGGACUAGAGCUCGUCUUGGGUCCCUAGAGCAAGGGGUCACAGAACUUGAGGUCAGGGUCUCAGAGAAGCCUGAGACCCAAGAGUGCUGUGUGUCUGGCCCAGCACGAUUAUCUAUUUAUUAUGAUGUCCUAUUUAUGUUAACUUAUUGGUGCUUUAAAUGGUGAAGUUAAUCCCUUCCCUGCUCUCUACCCAGCAGGGAACCAGAGCUGAGCCUCUUGGCGGGGCCUGGUGUGGAAGCUGACAUGUUACAAGUGGAAUUAGCCUUACGGGUGAAGCUCAGAGAAAGGUCAGGGUCUGAGAGAUCUGGCUGGCAUCCCUGUUCCCCUCCUUCUGGACUUGCUUUGGAGGUGUCAGGGACAGGCAGCCGGGGCUAGACCAGUUUGUGUGUGGGGGCUUUGUUUUCUUCUUGGCUCCAGGACGCUUUUUCCCACCGUGCUCUCUAGCACCCCCUGGAAUUGUGCUCUGAUGGCACCAUUCACCAUGGAAAUGAGUGGCCCUGGGGCAGGGGGCAAGGCUGCUCCCUUAUCUUCCUCAGUGAAGGGUCUUUGUCACACAUAGAGGGAGCCUGACCCAACACCCAGCACACUCCUGCGUGGUGGGCAAGCUCCUUGGGUGGCUUGAACACCCAUCAAGCGAGUGCGUGGGGUGUUGGGGCAGUACGUGGCCUGAGCAGCUGCCCCUGUGCUCUGGAGCAGGGAAAGUGAGACCUGAGAUGUUUGGGACGCAGACCAGGAAGCUGUGGUUCCUGCUCCCCCGCCUCCUUCCCACUCCCACUCAUGUCUGGGUUCCCAGGAAUGGAACCCGAUCUGCUCUCUUCCUAUAUGUUGGGGCCUGGUGAGCAGAGAAACACCCUCAGGUCUGGGAGCAAGAGAGGGAGGGAGGCGGCCCAGCUGGGGCAGCUGCUGAGAGCAGCAUUCUGGCUGCUUCUCAAGCCCUGAGCAGGCGGCAGUCCUAGCAGUCCAGCCCCAGGGUUAUGGUCCUGAUGACGGUCCUUAACACUCACUUUGCACCUUCUCUCUUAUUCUCUAAGCACUUUACCUGGAUGGGGGCGGGCAGCCAGUGGGCUGCCCCGAGGUCUGGGGUGGGGAAGGUUAGGAGCUGCGCGUCCCAGUGGGGUGGCUAAGCUGUGGUGUGUGUGGUAGAGGGGGCCACAGCUGCUGUGUCUUUUCCAAUGCAUUUUCAAUUUGGGUCACGUCCUUGUCCAGGAUCACAGCCUGCCACCCUCUUAUUUCUCUGUUCCUUUGGGCGUGGCUUGGGAAUGGCUGCACUUUCCAAGCUGAGCAGCAAGAAAGACAGCUUGUCUGGAAGCCAGGAUGGAGGAUUCUGUAGCCCGGGGCCAGCUCAACUUGCCAUCAUCCCAGCUCCCUGUGCACAUGGAUUCCCUGCGCUGGACCUACCUGGCAGCCUUGGAGGGCUCAAGAACCAAUAGAACUGCUCCUCCCUGCCUACACAAUCCCUGGCUCCUUGACACUCUCUGCCCAGCCUGGACUCUGCCUGAAGGACUCAAUCCUCAGUGUUCUUUCUAGAUCUAAUUUCAGCAGGUCAGCGCCCACUUUGCACAGUAUCACUGAAUUAUGGAGCCUUUGUGUGAGCAGCUUUGUGGGGAGUAAACUGUACAUUUCCGCGUUUUCACCUACUGGUAUUGACCCCCACCUGGCAUGAUGGGUCGUGUGCCUGGGCCAGAGAAUGAGGGGUGGGUCUCCUGCAGAGGAUGGGGUAGACAGUCAUUUUGCAGAAAGAAGUAUAGGGGCUCUUAUUUAUUAUUUAAAAAUUUAAACCACAAAAGCACUGCUAGUUUACUUGUCUGUCCUCAUCCUCCUCCUUAUCCCCAAACCUGAUUAAGUCGGUCCAGCCUGCUUUGCUGGGUCUCCAGAGCAGACUUAGCAAAUGGGGUUGGAGCCUCAGAAUCUAUGGAGGUAGCAAUUGCCUUUCCGACAGUACAGAUGUUCCCAUGUCAGAUUGAUCUCCAGCCCCCUACCUGGGCUGUAUCUCCCAUUCGCACUGCUAGCUCAGUGGGCCCACCGUGGAGCCUUAGAUGUUUCCCUCCUUCCUUUCCGCUGGAAAGGACUUGGCCUUGGGUGAUAAAUUCCUCUUUGAUGAAUGUACCCUGUGGGAAUGUUUCAUAAAGACAGAUUAUUUUAAUUUA